GAAGGGCUGAGAGGCGGCCUGGUAGUCUAGAUAUCUGCCUCUGGACAAUAUUAUAUUAAAUAAGCAAAGUACAUUAGUGUCAGAUCAUUUAGGAGUGACCUCUCUUCAGAUUCUUUUGCUCAGUAAGUGUGUGACUACACUACAGAGGCCACAGUGCUAGGAGACAUUCCAGAGCUUACGGAAAACACUUGUAAGGAAGCUCCUGCCUUCCAGGGAUCUUAAAGUAACUGCAGAUAAAUUCCUCUUCAUUAGCACUCUUUCUGCCUAAAUUAAACAGCUUUGAAAUCCACUGACUACUUACUGUCUCCAAAAGAGUAAGAAUAUGUAAGUCUUUGAUUCUAAUCAUCUCUAAAUCUGAGUGUCUACUUACGAGUCUUCCCUGUUAUGUGACUGAGAAUCUUUUGACAUCACAGCUGUUUCCUAGCAACUUUGACCCAAGUGAAUUAUGAGCUCCUUCCCUGUUUUGUGGGGUGGAGGGACUAGACUGAAAGGCAGGGGCAUUUAGAGAUCCUCUCCCCCAGAAUGUAUCUUUUGGUACCCUUGGGAAGGAAGAGUGCCUACAAGUGCGAAACUGCAUUUAAUAUUGCCUGUCCUGCUACGCAUUGAUUCUAGAAGACCUCGUGGCCCUUGCCUUCAUGAAUUUUCAUUUCUCUUUAACAUUCCUUACACAUGAAGAGUGUUUCACACUUUACAAAGUGUUUUCAUGUGCACUUUAUCAUUUGAUGCUCAAAGUGACCUUCCUGAAAUAGGCAAGGAGUUCUUAAUUUACAAAGGAGGAAACAAAUUCAGGAAGAGGAAGUCACUUGCAUCUUAGUCCAGAGUCCUUAAUCCUUUUAAUAGGUUUAGGAGCAUUUAAAGGUGAUGAUGGCUUAAUUCAAAUUAAUCCUCUCUUUUUUAGAGUCAGUAUUUGAUUUCUUAUUUGGUCAGAUUUAACGGGGGUUUUGAAAUUCCGAUCCCACAAUUUGGAAAGGGUGAGGAACAGUAUAGCUUCAGUGAGCAUUGAGGUUAUUUGGCAAUUGAGCUUCUGAAGCCUUUUUAUCUGUCUUCCCAAGAGGUGGAUUUAAAUUCAUUAAAAAGAUGUGAAAAGAGUGAAGACUUUGGGAAGGUAGUCGUUAGCAAACAGAUAGUAAAGCAGCAGUGCUUUACUUUUGUCUGCCUGUGGCCUCACCUGUUAGUAAGGACUGGACUUUAAUUGUAAGUUUUUAUUGACAAUGCAUGCAUCGUAUCUUUUGCCUUUGAGAGCUGUCUUAUGUCAAAGGAAUUGAGUUGUGAUGUGGUGGUGGAUUUAGCUGGAACACCUCAGGUGUUGGCUGAGGGUAGUGAGGUGUCUGCUAAGACAUGAAGACUUUGGCCACUAGUUUCAUCCUUGGGAGCCUGGUGUUGGCCUUCUGUCUACCUUUGGUGGUGACUUUACCUAAAACACUGGCCAUCCCUGAGAAACUGCAAGAAGCUGUGGGGAAAGUUGUCGUCAAUGCCACAACCUGUACCGUCACGUGUGGCCUUGGCUUUAAGGAAGAGACUGUCUGUGAGGUGGGCCCUGAUGGAGUGAGAAGGAAGUGUAAGUCUCAGCGCCUGGAAUGUCUGACCAGCUGGGUCUGCGGAAUGCUCCAUUUCACCGUUCUCAUAGGGAAGGAGUUUAAGCUGAGCUGUCUGAGUCCAGACAUCCUGGAGAUCGGGCAGGAAGCUUUCCGAUUCACCUGGAGACUUGCUCGGGGAAUCAUCUCAACUGAUGAUGAAGUCUUCAAACCCUUCCAAGCCAGUUCCUACUUUAUAAAGUUUCAGUCCAUCCAAGAGUAUGACUCUGGGACCUACCGGUGUGAUGUGCAGCUGUUAAAAAACUUGAGACUCGUCAAGAGGCUCUAUUUUGGGCUGAGGGUCCUUCCUCCUAAUUUGGUGAACCUGAAUUUCCAUCAGUCCCUCACUGAGCAUCAGAAGUUGGUAGACGAGGGCCUGGAAGUGAGUCUGGACAACUACUCCAGGCCGCAGCCCCCACCGUGGAGGAAGAAGGUGGCCGUAGCUGUGGGAGUGGGCGUCGCCGGUGGCGUGACUGCUGGUGUGUUGGUGAGCACCGCCCUCUGUGGCAGGCUGCGGGCGGCCCACAGCAGUUCCAGCCUUGAGACCUUACAACCGUUGCUGCCCAAGGGUGGGAUGCUCAGGACGCCAGACUAGGUUUUCAGGGGAGUGUUCUGGCUGCCUGCUUGUGGGCUGGCUAAGAGGCAGGCUUCCAUUACCAAAGAGCUGAGCGGAGCGUGUGGGGCAGGCAGCAGGAUGGUGGCUGUGGGCAAGUCUCUGACUGUGUGCGGGGUGGAUCUCGCCCCGCUCUUCCCUGCCCACCAGGUGCCCGGGAACCCUGACUGCAGGCAUCUCCCUACUCCUGGGACGAGCUGUGUCUUCCACGUUUGCAUUAAUUUCCUGCCCUUUACAGCUUGUAUGCCUCCCACCGUGAUCUCCCUUCUGAGCAGUAUAAUCAUGUAGAAGGAUAUGAUAGCUUUUUUAGUGAAAGCAGUUUUUUCCUCUUCAAUAAAAUAAUUCACAAUAACUGUAUGGAGACCUAACAUUUUCUGCUCUUUAGUGUAAAAUUUCUUGUCAGUCGUUUUAAGUUGUCCGACCAUAGUCAGUCUGGUUUUGGGUUAAACUCACCAGUUUUUAGAAUAGAUACUGAACAAACUGCUUUGUUCGCGGCAUAUAACCAUUUGUGGCAGAGCUGAGGGUAAUGACGACUGCAGACUCGAGUGUGUAAGAGACAGUCCCUGAAUCUUAGUAAGUCGUUUGCCACCCUUACACCUCCCAGGUGAAGCCUCUGUGCUCAGGGCUAGAUUGAAUUCCUAGCAAAACAUUGGAUUUUUCUGCUGGUAGGUUUCGCCUGAACGGUUUCUCGGCUUGCUUCCUGAUCCUAUCCUUCCAGCAAGCUUUAUUGCCCUGAAGCUUAAGUUGCUGGAGAGGUCAGGUGCAUUGGUUUCUUAGAGCAGUCAGGGCCCCCUGAGGAAGGACUAGUACCUUCCUUCCGCAACAGGAAAUCCAGUCUUAAGAGGUCAUUCAGACUGUGUCUGAGAUAACUGGCUUGGCUUGUGGAACCAUCGGGGAAAUGGCUCUUGGGCCACCAACUGAGCUGAUUCUGUUUGAGAGAAUUAGCAUUUCUUCCCUUCACUUUGCUGUCAGUACAGAUGAAGUAGCAGAAAUAAGACUUGGACCAGUGAUUGUCUUCUCUGGUCAUAUGUCUGAGUCACCCAGAUAAGCUUUUGAAAAGUAAGAUUCCUGAGUCCCAAUCUGAUGAUGCUAACUCAGUUUAAAUUACGACCAAUGGAUCUCUGUUAUUUAUUCUAUUUUAAAUAAAAAAUUCAAGCCCAUAAAAAAGUUGAAAGUGUUGAUAGCACCCAUAGACCCUUUAACGAUUCACUGACUGCAAACAUUCUGCUCCAAUUCUCUUGCUCUCUAAACACAUGUUGAUUUUAUAUAAAACACUUGAAAGUGAGUCACAGAGUGACCUUUUACCCUUUAAUCAUUUAUGUAUCUCUUAAUAAGGACAUUCACCUGUGUAACAACAGCGACUUCAUCACAUUAACAAUUCCCUAAUCUUAUGUAUAGUUGAUACAUCAUUUCUCUCAACUUCUAAAAUCUUGGAACUUUUAAAGUUUGAUCCAGGGUCAAGUGAAGGUUCACGUAUUACAUUUGAUUAUUUCUCUUAAAUCUUAUUUUACAGCAGAUCCCCUACAUUUUUUUCAUGACAUUCAUAUUGAAGAGGUAUUUGUCUUGCUUACAUGUCCCACAAUUAUUUCCUCAUGAUUAAAUUCCUGAGGAAUGAAUCUUAAAACAUUUUUGACAAGAGUCCAACAAAAAUGAUACGUACUUACUGCAUGACCUCGGGAGGCCCGGUGUCAGGGUGACCCGCUGUUGAUGGUGAGCUUGAUCAUUUGGUUAAGGUGGUGAUUGCCAGAUCUCUGCAGUGGUAUACCUGUAUAUGUUUUCCUUUUGUAAUCUGUGGGGUGAUGCCUUGUGAUUAUCUGGUUUCAAAAAAACAUUCACAGGUGUUUUGGAAUCCAUGAUCUUUGCCUUACUACAUGUUGGGGAUUGCAAAAUAAUGGAUUUUUAAACUCAUUUUUGUAUCUGUUGCACUGCAUUUUUCUCUUAAGCACUAUUGUUUUUAUUCUUUAGAGAUUUCAAUGGGUUCUCUUUUUUAUUCAGUGAAUUAUAUAUACCCCGUAAUUACUGUUGUCAUAUUUUUGAUGUUCACAUUAUUCCCACUUUUGGCCAGGAGUCCCUUCGAGCCAGCUCUUUUGUCCUCUUGGUGUGGUCGCAUUUGACUUUGAGCAUGUCCUUGCCAACGGCAAGAUGCCUCAGAUGCACGCCAAACCUGAAUCUCCAAGGGGCUCUGGUUCCUUUCAGUGUGGGAAGCAGUAUUUAGAAACCACGGCGUGGGUGCUGGCUGUGCUUAUUGCCACUGGAAGGU